AUGCCGGAACAAGCGCAACAAGGAGAACAGUCUGUCAAGAGAAGGAGGGUCACUCGAGCUUGUGACGAAUGUAGAAAGAAAAAAGUCAAGUGUGAUGGUCAGCAACCGUGUAUUCAUUGCACUGUAUACUCUUAUGAAUGUACAUACAAAAAGCCUACGAAGAGGACGCAGAACUCCGGAAACUCCGGAAUGCUGGCACUAGGCGAUGCUGCUGGUCCAUCAUCAAGUGUUGUCGUGGCUACCGCUGCUUUGAAUCCGAAUAAACUACUUUCGAGUGUCAAACCUGAGAAACCUCCGUUACCAGGUUCUUCAACAAUACCCGCAAGCAGCAACAUGUCCAAGCCAAGAAGGUAUAAGACCAAGAGUACUAGACUACAAUCGACGAUCGACAAGUAUAAGCAAGUCCUUGAUGAGGUAUUCCCGCAGUUGCCUGAUAUAGAUAAUCUGGAUGUCCCUGUAUUUUUGCAAAUUUUCCACAAUUUUAAAAGGGAGUCGCAAUCAUUCUUAGACGACACUGUAAAAGAGUACAUUUUGAUUGCCAACGACAGUUCGUCUCCAAUCCAGCCAAUGCUCUCUUCAAAUUCAAAACAUUCAACUCCAGACGAGUUUCUACCCAACUUGAAAAGCGACUCGAAUAGUGCCUCUAGUAUAAACAAGGAACCUGACAAUAUAGACACGUACUCCAAUAUUCCAGUAGGUAGGGAAAUAAAAAUCAUCUUACCUCCAAAACCGAUCGCCCUACAAUUCGUAAAAAGUACCUGGGAACACUGUUGUGUUCUUCUUAGAUUCUAUCACAGACCAUCGUUUAUUACACAACUAGACGAAUUGUAUGAAACAGAUCCGAACAAUUACACUUCCAAGCAAAUGCAAUUUUUGCCGCUAUGUUACGCCGCAAUUGCUGUGGGAGCAUUAUUUUCCAAAUCUAUAGUCUCCAACGACUCUUCGAGGGAAAAAUUUUUACAAGACGAAGGUUACAAGUAUUUCAUAGCGGCAAGAAAACUAAUUGACAUAACAAAUGCCCGUGACUUGAACUCCAUACAGGCCAUUUUGAUGCUGUUUAUAUUUCUACAGUGUUCUGCACGUUUGUCAACAUGUUACACUUAUAUCGGCGUGGCUAUGAGAAGCGCCUUAAGGGCAGGGUUUCAUAGGAAAUUGAGUGCAAAUUCUGGUUUUACCCCAAUAGAAGUUGAAAUGAGAAAACGUCUUUUUUACACCAUCUAUAAACUAGACGUUUACAUCAACGCAAUGCUAGGUUUACCUAGAUCCAUAUCUCCGGACGAUUUUGAUCAAACUCUACCUCUGGAUUUAUCGGACGAGAAUAUUACGGAAGUUGCAUACUUACCUGAAAACCAAAAUGCCGUGUUGUCAAGCACAGGGAUUUCCAAUGAGCAUACAAAACUCUUCUUGAUCUUGAAUGAGAUCAUUUCUGAGCUGUAUCCAAUAAAAAAAACCAAUAAUAUCAUAUCUCAUGAAACAGUCACCAGUUUGGAGUUAAAGUUAAGAAACUGGUUAGAUUCAUUGCCCAGAGAACUAAUGCCUAAUGCCAAGAAUAUUGAUCCUGAAUACGAAAGGGCUAAUCGUUUAUUACACUUAUCCUUUUUGCAUGUCCAGAUCAUAUUGUAUAGGCCUUUUAUUCAUUAUUUAUCGCGUAAUAUGAGUACUCAGAAUUUAGAUCCCUUAUCUUACCAAAGAGCAAGAAACUCUAUUGCUGUGGCUAGAACAGUCAUCAAAUUAGCAAAAGAGAUGGUCAGUAAUAAUUUGUUAACAGGUUCCUACUGGUACGCCUGUUAUACAAUUUUUUAUUCCGUCGCGGGCCUUUUGUUCUACAUUCAUGAGGCACAACUUCCUGACAAGGACAGUGCUAGAGAAUAUUACGAUAUUUUGAAGGACGCAGAAACUGGUAGAAGCGUUCUCAUUCAAUUAAAGGAUUCUAGUAUGGCUGCUAGUAGAACUUAUAAUCUGUUAAAUCAGAUUUUCGAAAAAUUGAACUCAAAAACUAUCCAGCUGACUGCAUUGCAAUCAUCUCUCUCUAGCGAAAGUGGUUCUUUGGCAACUAAUAGCACCUCGGCCCUUGGAUGUGGUCCAGGGGAAUCUUUACAACCGCCCGUGUUCUUCUCUUCUCAAGACACGAAGCACGGUCUUUCGACAGGGAAGAAUGAUGAAAGCACGAACGAUUACACAAUGGCGAAUUAUUUAAACAAUACGCCACUCUCCGAAAUUCCUCUAAACGAAGCGCAGCAGCAAGAUCAAAUGCCUCAAGGAUUGACUAAUACAUCUAAUGAAAGAGGUUCUAACAGCUUUCUUUCAACCGAUAUUACACUUGAUGAUAACAACCAACGAAAUAUGCUUGAUGCUACAGAUGACGUUCUAAUCAGAAACGAUGACGACAUAACAGGCAACAGUGUAUUUGAUUUUGACAGUAAUAAAAACGAUGUAUCAAAUAGCUCCAAUCCAGUUAUCACAAACAACAACAAUAAUCAUAAUAAUCAUAAUAAUAAUCAUAAUAAUAGUAAUAAUAAUAAUAGUAAUAAUAAUACCAACAACAACAACAACAACAACAACAACAACAACAACAACAACAACAAUAAUAAUAAUAAUAAUAAUAAUAAUAGUGAUAAUAAUAGUAAUAAUAAUAACAAUAAUAAUAACAAUAAUAACAAUAAUAGUAACAAUAAUAAUAAUAAUAACUUCCGCAUGAGUAUUGACAACAAUUCACCAUCAUUUGAAGGCUUUGCUCAAUGGCAGAGGCCACCUUCACGAGAUAAUAUGAGCAUAGAAGACAAAGCAGAUACCUCACCUGAUACCGAAAUUAAGAGUGAGCAAAACGGAACCGAAUCAAAUAAUAUUCUUGGCGUAUUUGAUCAGCUAGAUGCUCAACUUUUUGGGAAGUAUAUACCUUUAAACUAUCCCUCUGAAUGA